AUGCAAUAUUUAUUCUACUUAAAUGGUUUAAAACAAUGCUUUCUAUUUAUUUGUAAGCUUAAAUGGCGAACUGGUAUUCCAACCUUGGGGAAGAAUGUGCUUGUGGCUGGAAGGUCAAAAAACGUUGGAAUGCCCAUUGCAGUGCUGCUGCACACGGACGGGGCGCACGAACGCCCCGGAGGUGAUGCCACUGUCACAAUAUCUCAUCGAUAUACUCCCAAGGAGCAGCUGAAGAAACAUACAGCUCUUGCAGAUAUUGUGGUCUCCGCUGCAGGCAUUCCAAAUCUGAUCACAGCAGAUAUGAUUAAGGAAGGAGCAGCUGUCAUUGAUGUGGGAAUAAAUAGAAUUCAAGAUCCCAUAACUGCUAAACCCAAGUUGGUUGGAGAUGUGGAUUUUGAAGGAGUCAGGAAGAAAGCCGGUUACAUCACUCCAGUCCCUGGGGGUGUUGGUCCCAUGACAGUGGCAAUGCUAAUGAAGAAUACCAUUAUUGCUGCAAAAAAAGUGCUGAGGCUUGAAGAGCGGGAAGUACUGAAGUCUAAGGAGCUUGGAGUAGCAAGUAAUUAACUAUUGUGUCUUCUGUGUCAUGAAGAGCACUCCAAGCUAGUUCACGAGGAAAACCAGGCCAAUAGAAAUGCAAUAUUUAUUCUACUUAAAUGGUUUAAAACAAUGCUUUCUAUUUAUUUGUAAGCUUAAAUGGGUGGGUGUUUGCACACAUAGCCCUGCAGUUACCCACCAGGGAGCACGCCACUAUCGUGCUGGAUCAUGGGAUCCAGCCAAGAGAAGCCAUUAACCUACUGAUUGAUUAACAGGGGGACACUGUCACAUUGAGAAUGGCUGCCUAAUAACUUUGUCAACCACUUCAGUUAAAAUUUGUCUUUUUUAGGAGGG